CCCGCAAGCAUCCUCUGACCUCACCGCGUUGGACUACUUGGACAUACUGCACACCGGAAUAUGUGAUAGAAAACACCCAUGGGCUCUCUCCUCGCCCUGUUCCUUCGCCUCGCCGUGAUCCUCGCCUCCGUCUGUGCAAGUCGCAGCGAUGGGACCCAGCACCCGCUGGUCCGCGGACCCUCCAACGAUAGCGUCAUCACCCAGGACCUCUUCUGGGAGCUCGAAGAACUCGCGCGCAUCGUCGACAUCUCGUACUGUGUAGGCACAGCCGGCCUGGGCAUACAGAAACCCUUCCAGUGCGCGAGUCGAUGUGCGGAUCGCGACUUCGAGACAUUUGAGCUGGUGACAGCAUGGAAUACUGGCCCUUUUCUGUCUGACUCCUGUGGCUACAUUGCCCUCUCGCACUCGCCCACGAAUCCGCGACUCAUUCUCGCCUUCCGCGGCACCUACUCUAUAGCCAACACCAUCGCAGACCUCUCCACCAUACCGCAGGCAUACGUGCCAUACCCAGGCGACGAUGACGACGACACGUCCGACUUCAUUGCCCCGAGACCUGAUACACCCGAAGACCCCCCGCCUGCAGAUCCGCCCAAAUGCGACAACUGCACGGUACACAUGGGCUUCUACUCAUCCUGGCUAAACACCCGCAAAGUCGUUCUCCCACAUGUUACCGAAGCACUCGAGAAAUAUCCAAACUACAAGCUGGUUCUGGUUGGGCACUCGCUGGGUGGCGCUAUUGCCACGCUUGCUGGUCUCGACUUCAAGGCCCGUGGGUGGAAUCCCCAUGUCACCACUUUUGGCGAACCGCGCCUCGGCAACAAGGAGCUCAACGCAUACAUCGACGACCGCUUCAACAUUACAUCGCAUCAUGAGUACAAUAAAUUCCACCGUGUCACGCACGCGGGCGAUCCAGUGCCUCUGUUGCCGUUGUCUGAAUGGGGCUUUUCCAUGCACAGCGAGGAGAUCUUCAUCUCCGAGUAUAACCUUCCCUUCUCCAUCGCAGACGUCCGUUACUGCGACGGUGACGAGGACACGCACUGCAUUGCCGGCAGCGACGAGGACAAGCCGGCAUGGGGCGUUCCAACCCGUUUCAAGCUCUGGCAGCUCUUCUUCGCGCAUCGUGACUACUUCUGGCGACUUGGUCUCUGUCUUCCUGGUGGAGAUCCCAAGGAUUGGUAUGAUAAGUAUCCCAAGCACAGCACUGGUAGUGAUGGUGAUAUCCCCGAAGUUGAUGAAUUAUGAUUGUUAUCCUAGUUUGUACCAUGCAUGGAUUGAUGUGUAAUAUUAUUCAGCGUAAACAUCUUUAGUUGACUAGUAAACCUAUUCGUCUACCCACGUUCUGUAUACUCUUCGCACAUGCAGUUCAAGUCUAGUUUUUCUUCUUCCAUCUCUCAAUCCCAGACAAGGAAGCUUCAUUGUGAGAACUAAGAGAUAUUCAAGAGCUGUGUCCUCAACAUUGCAAUAGGUGCUCGGUGUAUCAACACCUCCAUACCAGCGACACACUUGCCCAAACAGCGACUUAUACUACCCAAG